AUGUGCUACAUGUUCACUGCUUGGCUGAUUCAACUGUGCUUCAAACAUAAUGUUUGCCCGCAGCCAUUGGAUUUACAAGUUAUUUGCGAAUCUUUCCACGUGCCCGUUUGGCCCAUGCCGGUGGUGUCAGCCUUUGUCUCAUGCGUGUUCUUGUUGGCGGUGUCUGCCAGAAGACUGGAGGUGGCAGAAGAUCCUGUAUCUCCAGAAGCCGAUUUGGACAAUUGGAAAGCGUUCUUGCGCAGUAAAGAUGGUGGUAACAUGGGCCGUUGGAAAGCUUCCAGCGAGGCGAAAGAGAUUCUCGCCACAAAGCCAGUACCAAGUUUGGAAGAGAUGAAGGAAUGGACCAAGUACCUGUAUACGCAGGGAGGUUUUGACGACCAUGACGAUGCAGUUUCCAAGGCUCUAGAGAUUCUGCGGAAGGACCAUCCGAGCUUGGUGGAAUUCUCGAAAUGGUACAUCUACUUCUACCACAUUGUUCCACAAGGGAUGGUAAACCCAUGUACCGGCUUGGCCACCUUGACGCGCAGCCGACUGGACAAGUGCCUCGAACGAUGGCACGGUCGUGCGAUGGUGCAAGUGGCACUUGAGACUCUUGGGAAGAAACACCCCGCACUGGAGGAGUUCAAGCCUUGGUUUGGCUUCCUGUACCAGUCCGUGGGCUACACCCCGCACAGGUCGAUCGAGUGGGCGAUAUACAUGCAUCAUAAAGGCUCAUCAUUGGAUGAGGUCACUCUUUGGUACAACUACUUGAAGAGUAUGAAUGUUGAAGACACCUUUUCGUCGACCCUGAAACUCCUUGAGAAAGAACACCCAGACUUUGAAGAGUUCAAAGCUUGGUCACAGUACUUGUCUAUGGUCGGAGAGAGGCAGGCGCCGAACAAAGCCCUGGAGAUUCUGGGCGCCGAACACCAUCCGUCGCUCACGGAGGUGAAGGAUUGGACGGAUUACUUGAUGAAAGUGGGCUACGAUGCGCCGAAAGCCGCCAGUCUAACCUUCAAGAUUCUGUACUCUCAAGCUCCUCCAAGCUUUGAAACCCUUGAAGCCUGGUCAGUCUAUGUGGGAUAUGGAGAAGCAAUUGAUGUGUUGCUUGAAAAUGAGCAUCCAGCAUUUGAAGAUUUUAGGAGCUGGGCGGACUUCACAAGCAAAUUUGGCCGGAUCAGCCAGCGGACAGCUGGCGAGAAGGUUCUUCGUUUCUUUCGAUUUGAUCCAGAUCUGAGCUUCAAGGAGUUCAAAGGCUGGUGCAAUUGCAUGGCUCGUGUUCUACCUCGUGACGAGGCUCUCAAGAAAGUCUUUGAGAUUCUCAUGCAGCGAGAUCACGCAAGCUUGAAGCAGUUCAAAGCCUGGUUGGACUACAUGACGGAUGUUGAUGGUGCCAAUUUGCCCAAGGAGGAUGCCCUGCAGGAUGUUCAAAGCCUUCUGAAGUCCAAACCAAACGCAAGCCUUCAUGACUUCAAAGCCUGGCUCAAGUACUUUCGUGGUCCUCGAGCUGGCAAAGGCGGUCGAAUGACGCAUCAGCAGGCCUCUCAGAAGGCACUCGACGAAGUGUCGAGGGAGGGUCGCUCUCAACCACCGUAGACCGGACGUGGCGAGCCGACAUGUAAGACCAGACGUGUCACGCAUGUCCAUUUGAUGGCAAAAAAGGCAACUCUUUCUCACACGACAACUUGUUGCUCAUUGCGACAGACCAUG